AUGACUCUGGCUGGAAGUUGGACAUUUUGUCUGGGGAAACCGACUGUUCCGUGCCCCUGUUGCCUUUCACUCCUGCUUUGGGUGCUCGCUGCUGUCUCGCCCCCGCGGGCACUGUGCGCGAGUGUGGCAGGGUCCCGUCGCGCGGAGCAUCCCGGAGUUUGUCCUGACAAACUGAACGCGAACCUCUGGGUGGACGCGCAGAGCACGUGCGACAGAGAAUGCGAGAAGGACACGGACUGUGCUGACUUUGAGAAGUGCUGUGCUAACGUGUGCGGUCUCCUCAGCUGUGUGGCUUCUCGUUUCCCUGACGGCACCCUCGCUCUUCCGGAUGGCCAAUCAAGUGCGAGUGUGUCAUCAGGCGGUGCGUCAAGCUGCGACGGUUUCUUGUGCAAUCAACAGGGGGCAGUGUGUGACGUGUGGGAAGGGCAGCCGGUAUGUAAGUGCCAGAACGGCUGCGAGAGUGAGCCCAGCUUUACUUGCGCCUCCGACGGCCUCACCUACUUCAACCGCUGCUACAUGGAUGCGGAAGCAUGCAUUCAGGGUGUAACCCUCAGUGUGGUCACCUGCCGAUACCAUCUGUCUGGCCUGUGGACCAGCCCGUUGCCCCCGGACACCACCGCCCAGCCCACGCCCACCUCCUCCGCCCCCUUCCCCCCCACCCUUUACUCCAGCCCCCAGCACCAGGCCGUCUACCUGGGCGGCACCGUCAGCUUCCACUGUGACGCGAUUGGCCAUCCCAAGCCUGACGUCACAUGGGAGAAGCAGUCAGAACGUCGGGAACGACUGGUCAUGCGUCCAGACCAAAUGUAUGGCAAUGUGGUGAUCACCACCAUUGGCCAGCUGGUGGUCUAUAAUGCCCAGACAUGGGACACGGGCAUCUACACCUGUAUCGCCCGCAACUCCGCGGGUGAGCUACACGCCGACUUCCCGCUGUCGGUGGUGCGGCGGGCAGAGAGAGAGUUCUACGAGGAGCAGGAGGGAGGAGGGGAGGACGAAGAGGCCGAAGUGCAGCCCUUCUCUCCAGCGGACUGCCUGGCACCACUCGAGCGGGGUGAGUGUGGUGAGAGCCACGUGGACUGGUACUACAACACCACGCUGGGCUUGUGUCAGCCAUUUGCCCACAGCGGCUGCCCAGUUGGGCGGAACCGCUUCGAGACAUAUGAGGAGUGCCGGGCCCUGUGUCAACUUGAGGGCCCAGGCGUGUGCAGCCUGCCUGCCGUACAGGGCCCGUGUCGCAACUGGGAGGUUCGUUGGGCCUACAAUGCCCCCUCCCGCCACUGUCAGCCCUUCAUCUAUGGCGGCUGCCAUGGAAACAGCAACAGCUUCCGUUCACGAGCGGAGUGCGAGGAGGCGUGUCCGCGGCGGCGGGCGCGGCCCUGCAGAGGGUGCCGGCCCCGAGCUCGCCUGGUGCCCAGCCUGUGCAGCAGCGAUUUCGCCAUCGUGGGGCGCCUGGCGGAGCUGCUGGAGGAGCCAGACUCAGGCGUAGCACGCUUCCGUCUAGAGCGCGUCCUGCGGGAUGAGAAGAUGGGCCUGGAGCUGUUUAAGGCCCAGCACCUGGAGGUGACGCUGGCACGCAUCGACUGGUCCUGCCCCUGCCCCAACAUCACGCUGCAGGAUGAGCGCCCCCUGCUGGUCAUGGGGGAGGUGCAGGACGGCAUGGCAGUAGUGCUGCCCGACAGCUACGUGCGACUUGCUUCAGAACGCAAAGUCAGGAAGAUCCAGGAGGUGCUGGCCAAGAGGACCUGUGAGAUGCUGCAGCGCUUUCAGGACUGAGACUGAGCGUGUGUGUGUGUGUGCGUGUGUGUGUGAGUGAGCACGGCUU